ACCAGGGAGCGCUCUCGUGGUCUUGUAGUUUACCGCUCGCGCAAAAACGUUGUUUUCCCUAAAACAUUGUGACUUGUUUUAAGGUAAACAACACACUUGGCUGCACGCGUAUGCGCGUCGCGGCGUGCGAAAAGCAGAAGUAAGCACUGUAAUUGGAACUUUCCGAUUAAAACAACUAAAAUGUAUCCCAGUGGGGCAGCUGUUGGAGGCUGUUUUUGUCAACAACAGAUAUUUUGAAAGCAGCUCCUCCUUCACCUCCAUUACAGGAGUAUGUGUUUAAACCACCCCAGCGGCCAGACUUCGGCACCAUGGGCAGGACAAUCAAACUGCAGGCCAACUUCUUUGAGAUGGAGAUUCCCAAGCUAGAAGUGUACCAUUAUGACAUUGACAUCAAACCAGAGAAGUGCCCACGGAGAGUCAAUCGUGAAAUUGUUGAGCACAUGGUCCAGCACUUUAAAACACAGAUCUUUGGUGAUCGAAAACCUGUGUAUGAUGGAAGGAAGAAUUUGUAUACAGCAAUGCCCUUACCUAUAGGAAGAGACAAGUUGGAGUUGGAGGUGACGAUUCCUGGAGAAGGGAAGGACAGGAGCUUUAAAGUGGCCAUAAAGUGGGUGUCCUGUGUUAGCCUGCAAGCUCUUCAUGAAGCACUGUCUGGGAGGCUACCGAGCAUCCCCUUUGAGACCAUACAGGCUCUAGAUGUGGUCAUGAGGCAUUUGCCAUCCAUGAGGUACACACCUGUUGGCCGCUCAUUCUUCACACCUUCAGAAGGCUGCUCCAAUCCCCUUGGUGGGGGGAGAGAGGUCUGGUUUGGCUUCCACCAGUCUGUUCGACCAUCCCUAUGGAAAAUGAUGCUCAACAUAGAUGUGUCGGCUACUGCAUUCUACAAAGCCCAACCAGUGAUUGAGUUCAUGUGUGAGGUUUUGGAUUUCAAAAGUAUUGAAGAACAGCAGAAGCCCUUAACAGAUUCCCAGAGAGUGAAGUUUACCAAGGAGAUAAAGGGUCUGUACCCUUCCGCAGGUCUGAAGGUGGAAAUUACACACUGUGGACAGAUGAAAAGAAAGUACAGAGUCUGUAAUGUAACCAGGAGACCAGCCAGCCACCAGACGUUCCCCUUGCAACAGGAGAAUGGACAAACCAUUGAAUGCACUGUGGCACAAUAUUUCAAAGACAAAUACAAAUUGGUACUUCGGUAUCCUCAUCUCCCAUGUUUACAGGUUGGCCAGGAGCAGAAACAUACCUACCUUCCUCUUGAGGUUUGCAACAUAGUGGCUGGGCAGCGAUGCAUCAAGAAACUGACAGACAAUCAAACCUCCACUAUGAUUCGUGCCACAGCACGGUCAGCACCUGACCGUCAGGACGAAAUUAGCAAACUGAUGAGAAGUGCCAACUUUAAUAGUGAUCCUUACGUGCGUGAGUUUGGGGUCAUUGUGAGAGAUGAAAUGACUGAAGUGAAUGGCCGGGUCCUUCAGGCACCAUCGAUCCUCUAUGGAGGAAGGAGCAAAGCAAUAGCUACCCCAAUUCAGGGUGUGUGGGACAUGAGAAACAAACAGUUUCAUACUGGAAUAGAGAUUAAAGUGUGGGCCAUAGCCUGCUUUGCCCCCCAGAGGCAAUGCACAGAACUCCUGCUAAAAGCAUUCACAGACCAGCUACGCAAGAUCUCACGCGAUGCAGGCAUGCCCAUCCAAGGCCAGCCUUGCUUCUGUAAGUACGCCCAGGGAGCUGACAGUGUGGAGCCCAUGUUCAAGCAUCUGAAGUACAACUACCAAGGUCUGCAGCUGGUUGUGGUCAUCCUGCCAGGGAAGACUCCUGUCUAUGCGGAGGUCAAGCGUGUUGGGGACACAGUUUUGGGAAUGGCCACACAGUGUGUCCAGGUGAAGAAUGUCCAGAAAACCACUCCUCAGACCCUCUCCAACCUCUGCCUGAAGAUCAAUGUUAAGUUGGGUGGAGUCAACAACAUACUGCUUCCACAGGGCAGACCCAUGGUGUUCCAGCAGCCUGUAAUUUUCCUGGGUGCGGAUGUCACCCAUCCUCCAGCAGGUGAUGGAAAGAAGCCCUCCAUUGCUGCAGUGGUUGGCAGCAUGGAUGCCCACCCCAGCAGGUACUGUGCUACAGUUCGGGUUCAGCAGCAUCGCCAGGAUCUUAUUCAGGAUUUAGCAGCGAUGGUGAGAGAGCUGUUGAUCCAGUUUUACAAAUCUACCCGCUUCAAACCCACCCGUAUCAUCUACUAUAGAGAUGGCAUUUCAGAGGGUCAAUUCCAUCAGGUUCUGCAACAUGAGUUACUGGCAAUACGUGAGGCCUGUAUCAAGCUGGAGAAAGACUACCAGCCAGGCAUCACUUUUGUGGUAGUCCAGAAGAGACACCAUACCAGGCUUUUCUGUAUGGACAGGAAUGAGAGGGUUGGAAAGAGUGGAAACAUUCCUGCUGGCACCACUGUUGACACAAAAAUCACUCAUCCUUCAGAAUUUGACUUUUACCUUUGCAGCCAUGCUGGCAUUCAGGGGACUAGUAGGCCAUCUCACUAUCACGUGUUGUGGGAUGACAACCACUUCACCUCUGAUGAGCUGCAGGUACUCACCUACCAGCUGUGCCACACCUACGUUCGCUGUACCCGUUCUGUAUCCAUCCCUGCACCAGCCUACUAUGCACACCUUGUGGCUUUCCGUGCCCGCUACCAUCUUGUAGACAAGGAGCAUGACAGUGCUGAAGGCAGCCAUACAUCAGGCCAAAGCAAUGGUCGAGACCAGCAGGCCCUGGCCAAAGCUGUGCAGAUCCACCAGGACACACUGCGCACAAUGUACUUCGCCUGAAGCCAGCUUCAGCUGAGUCCCACACCCUGAACACCAUGUGUGUACAUUAAGUGGACCCUUCCCUUUUUCUUUAAUGGGUCUAUCUUUGAUGAAAAAAAACGUUAAUUCCAAACAUACAGCGUUCGAGUUUUUUUUCUUUUCUGUAUUUAUUAGAGUUGUCUGGCCUUUUCUUUUACGUAGGAGCAGGGACAGAUUGUGAAUCUCUGUUGUAUAUGAUCAUAUUGUUAGUUAGGGUUGACUUGUUUACAUAAAAAAUCAGCUGAAUCAGUUUCAGAAUACCUUUUACACUGACAGUUCUGAUUUUGCGUUGUGAGGGUUAUAAUAAUAAUAACUAUUAUUAUUAUUAUUAUUAUUAUUAUUAUUAUUAUUAUUAUUAGUCCAAGGCUGAUUGUACAGAUACUGGAACAGUACUUUUGAUGAACUCAUUACAAUAUUGAGGUUGCAAGAAAGAAUGACCUGCAUCAUUCUGUCAGAAAGGUGCACUGAACAGAGUGGCAUAACUUCAGGACACAAGUACUUAUUGUGUUUUAUGUUCAGUUUAUGUGUACUAACACAUUCUUAUGUAUUUUCAGUUUAUGUGUACUAACACAUUUUCAUUAUGUAUUAUGUUCAGUUUAUGUGUACUAACACAAAUUCCUUUUGUUUGUUUUUUUGUUUUGUUUUUGUUUUGUUUUUGGUUUUUUGGGGGGGUUUUUUGUGCUUGACACUCAAAAUUUGUUAGUCUACUACCAUUAUCCUUCAGUGGCUGACUGACAGUGGGGUUGGAAAAUAUUGUGCUUAUUGGAAGCAGACUCCUUUGAAUGUGAUAAGGACUCGCAGAACGUUGCAGUGUGAUAGCAGAAUUAUAACAGGCUUGAAAUUCUUCACUGCCAUUCUCUCACCAUGAGAAGUGUGUUCUGACAAUCAGCUGUCUGGGCAUAAGGAGCAUAUAAAUGCAGGACUGGCCUGUAAUUGACACAAUCUAUAUUCUUUAGAUAAGCUUGACAGCAAGUGUAUUCUUGUCCAUUUGAUAUCCUCCUUUACAGAACAGUGCCCUUUUUGUACCCCCCCCCCCCCCCAAACAUUUUCAUUUUAUAGAUGAGCAUUUAACAAAGUACUAAAUAUUGUACUCAGAUCAUUUAAAGAUUAGUUUCUAGAUGAGUGUCAAUUGGUCUCUGUUUACAGCUGAUUUGGUUUAUUUGUUGCCAUGGAAUCAGUCUGAAGCUUUGCUCUCCCAUGUGUCUGCCAUGAUCCUGUCAGUCCUAUAUGUGUGUGUUAGUGUUUAGUGCAUGAACAUUAAUGUUGGGUUGUAAAGAGGAGAUUUGUUGGCCCUUAAAAUACAAAUCCACGAUUAUUCAGCUCUGAAAUUAGUCACCAGAUAUUCUUACACUUUGAAGUGUAGGCAGUCUCUGAUCAAAAGUGGAGCUUUGUGUUACUGAAAGCCUUGUGCUGUGUGGUCCAGUGAUGGGCCAGAGUUGAAGAAUAUCUUAGUUAUUCCAGUGGCACUGGGCUAUGUACUGCUGUUGUCAGUACGCCUCAUCCAAAUAGGCUGAUGGCUCACAAACCAUGGCCUUUAAUGUAGAGAGGUCUUGGGGGUUAUGGGAAAAUGUUAUGAAAGUUGUAUAUAUUUAUAUUAUUCACAGAGUGAGUGUGUGGAGUGAAAAUUUCAGUUCAGAGUGUUAUGCACCUUAAUUCUUUGCCCAAAUGUUAGUGGUGAAUCAAGAGCUUUUACCAUAGAAUGUUAUUUUUUAUGGGGACAAUGUUGUUAAGUUUAAAUUUGAUGUUGCCCAAUGAGCUAUUUCGUCACCUCCAUUGCAUUCAGGAGAUCUUUUCAGAAGCUUUGUAGUGCCACAGGGUUUGGCCAAUAGGCAAGUGGAUUUUAGUUUUUGUUGUAUGACUUUUUUGUACGCUGUUAGACCUAUAAUGCAAACAGUUAAAUGCCUUCUAAAGCUACCAUAUUGUGUAAAAAUCUGCGAUCUUUAAUUGGUUGGUAAGAUUACUUCCCCACUUUUCAGUUUUAACCUUAAACAGCUUAGAGUUGAGAAUUUAACCUUUUUUCAAACUAUGCAUUUAUAAUCAAGAGAUUUUAGUGAUAUUUUUGUGUACAUGAAUUAUGAAUUUAAAUCAUUAUGUAUGUAGUAAUUUGAAGCUGGGUGCUUUAUUAGUGUGCAUAGUACAAAACCAUGUACCCAUUGUAGCAGUAUUAGCCUAUAGAAUGUUAUAUUUUUAUUAUAGCAGACAAUUGGAUAUACUUUUUAAAAUGUUUGUUAUUCCUUUUAGCCAAGAAAGAUUACAAAUAUUAAGCAUACUGUUUUCUGACAGUAAAUGAAGCACAAGGCAUAAUUGUAGGUGCUAAUAUUUUUCCCCAAAUGACUUUUUUUUUAAUCACACUACACACAUCAUGAAAUCACCAUAUAAAAGCCUCAGCCAUGAGGUUGAAUUUCUUCAGUUCUUUAACCUUGAACAUUGUUACGGUCAUUUUCCGAUUUGACUAUGUAUGCAGGGGUAUUUUGGUUCUCAGUCACAAAUCCUUGACUUGAGUUACUAUUUGGCGCUGGUCUCAAAACUUGUGAACGUAGUUGCACUUUGAAGGGGCAGUGGACAUAUUAGUUCCAUAUACGUUGAAGCAUGAAGUUAUUUUCUGGUUAUAAUUGUGUGGAAAUGGCUAGAUGCCCUACCUCUUGUUGCCUGUUUCUAAUAUUAUGGUAACAUAACUGCAUUAGUGAUUUCUUCAUAAUUGCACAAGCAGUACUAUUCAAUUUGAUUUCUAUCUGAGUUUCUGGACUUUAUCAUAGGCAUUGCCUAAGUCAUCUCAUGGACAUUUGCCUAGAAAUUACUGAAUGUGUAUCUUUUCAGAGGCUGUGCUUGGUGCCAUUAAAUCCAUUAAGACUGCCAUAGUUUUUGUUUGUUUUUGUUUUUUUAACAAUAGUGUUGAAGCCUCAAUGUAUAAGAAUCUCUGCAACAAUCUCCAAUUCACAAUGUGGAUUAUAAAGAACAUUCUCUGCUCUCAAUCUUGAUUGAAAGUCUGCAGUGUGAAUAUUGUCAUGUUCUGCCAAGCGCUUCAUAGCAGUGCAUUUAAGUGUUACCUAUAUGCCCUGUCUCUGUAGCUGCUUAUUGGAAUGUGUGAAUGGUAUAGAUUUUCAUUCAGAUUUUAAGUCUUCAGAGAUGGAACAUUAGUGUUCAACAUUUAGAUCAGGAAGUGAAGUGAACCAUAAACAUUUUAACUACUUCUUAGGUCAGGUUGUUUCUAAAACAGGCCUUUCUUUAGAAACAACAACAUUUUCUUUGUCCUGUAAAUUGACAAAGGUAUUAUAGCUGUAAUUUGUUAGAGUUUUUAGUGUUUUACCUUUUAAAGCCAGCACCUUAGAUGGUCAGAUCUUUUCAGCAUAUGCAAUUCCUCAAAAAAAUUAUAUGUAGUAAUUGUAUGGUCGGAAAUUUUUUUGCACUAUUUCAAGAGAAGUGGGGUUAAUGUUAGAAAGAUUGUAAUCUUAGCAAAUUUCUGGUUGUCCUAAACUCUAAAAGAUAAAAAAAAAAAAAUUAAAUAAAAAAAAUCUUAAGUUUGUUUUGCAUUUUGGUACACAUGUAAUGCAAAUUAAUGCAAGACAUUCAGCCUGCAGUCCUGAUAACUAUGCAAAAACAAUAAUCUUUUCAGUGCCAUUCAUCAUAUAUUAGUGUUGGUGUUCAUUGGUUUAGCUUCUUAGUCAUUUUUAACUGUAUGGUAUCUGUACCUCAGGCCAAAGUGUAGAAUCAGAAUUUAAAAAAAAUCUGAAGUUAGAAUCUAGAGUUCCAUUAAAUUGAAGGAUUGAAGAACAAUUUAUGUAAGAUGAAUUUUAAUACUCGUUAACAAAGUAUUUUAAAUGAAAUUGAGGUCAGUUGUGUUCCAACGUGCAAGAUGAUAAUUUGUGUAAUUUGUUGUUUUUCAAUAACAGGUUCAUGAUGUUCAUUAUUGUACAAAGACAACUAUGAUGGCUUGAUAUGAUAAAACUAGUGCUGAAAUACUACUUUCAUCUAUGCACAUUAUGAAAACUACACAUCAGCCUUUGGAGAUACUAUGCAAAAUUGGAAUGAAAAUUAUGGUGCUGUUUUUAGAUCAAACUGCAGAGGUAUAAUUUGGUGAAUGCAGAAUAAUACCUCAUCACUGUAUGUCCCACAGUGUAUCCUUUUAAGUGACUUUAGAAAAACAUGAAAAUAACAACUGCAUGAAAAUAGCUUACUGUUGUAGUUUUACAAUCAGUUCUCAUUACAUUUUGUUUUUGCCAUGAUAGAAUAAUUUUGGCAUGAUUGCAUGGUUUAAACUUACUGAUUUACUUACCAUGCAAUAUGGUGCAAGCACUUUUUUGGAUAAAGAAAACAGUGUAAGUCAAACAAUUAAACAGAGAAGGCUAGAGGUAGCAAGCUAAUGUAGUGCCAUGCUAUAAAGGUGGUAUUGGUGGAAGCUUGCAAUUUGCUGUAUACAGCACAGUAUACAACUGAAUUCAGCUACUCAGAUCACAUGUGUUGGUAGCCAAUUAAACUACAUGUGCAACAGAUAACAAAUUUGCUUCACCUGACCCUCAAGGACUCUUGAGUGUUGUUGCUGUUCGAAUGAUGAAUUUAUAUUAAAUAACCUCCCAUCUUUUGAGUGUUUUUAAAUGACUUCACAAGAUAUUUUAACUUCUUAAAUAGAUUUAAAUGUAGAUUUCAGUGUUGUCCCAUUCAAGUAGGUAUAUUACUGGAAUUGACUACCUCUUUUGCAAGAGUCAAAUUAAAUGAGUAAUUUUUUUUAAAUGAACAUGCUCUUAAAAUAGCUAAAGCAUAAAAUAAUAUUCUCUAAUAAGUAAAAUUGCACUGCAGUUUAACAGUUGUAAGUUGAAUUGAAAGCCUUUUUCUAUUACUCAGUUGUCAACUUUUACCUUUCCCUAUAUAUCAUCUUAUAAUGACACAGUUUUUGAGAAAACAAGUACCAAAUAUGUUGUUGUAAUACCCUUGACAAAGCUCUAAUAUUAAAGACUAUGCUUUUUAAAGAGGUUUUAUGCAGUGGCUAAAUAGCUGAGGAUUUGUUGAAUUUCUGUACUUACUAACACCUCUCAUUCACAUUUAUAUUAACUUCAAUUCAUCUUUGUGUUAAGGGACAACCGAAUAUAGAAUUUAAUUUUACCUGAUACACAUUUGAGCAUUUGGGCAAUUAUUAAGGACAACACUGGCACAAAAAAUCUUUGUGUUGCUUGUCUUUGAGGUGCUUCACUGUAAUGACUGUAUAUAAUUUAGUGAUAUUGUGGUGUUUAUUUUCUGUUUAAGCAUUUAUCAUUUAUUUUUUUUAUUUGAAGAGCAUCUAGUUCCAUCCAGCCACUAUUUUGAGCUAUAGCAUAAUGUCCGUAUUCUCUUUUGAGCCCAAAAAUCUUGGUUGUCAUCACUAUUUCUCAAGCCCCUUGACUAGCAUACCACAAAACUAGCUAUGUUUGAAUUUACAGCCAUAAAAGUGGUGCUUGACAAGCUCCAAUUCACUGUGUGCACAAAUUAAAAGGUUUUUUUUUAGCAAAUUCACACUUUUCAGUAAAUUUUACUAUUGAUUAGUUGUCAUCCAAUAGGACUUGUUCUUUUUGUUUGCUUUAGAAAUAGUUGUGAGUUUUGGAGUCCCAAGAGCACAUAUUAAAUUGAUAUUUUGAUGACAUUUGGGGGGUGGGGGUGGUGGGGUUUGCAUAUAUAAUUGUGCAUCAGUAACCCAAAUGAAUACAAUACACACAAUACUGAAAUGUACUGUUGUGUAUGACUGGGAGGAAUGAACUGACUUAAUGACCUGGCUUUUUAUACCAACGUUGAAAACUACCUCAGAAUGGUGUUGGGUGCUAGUGUUAUCUACCCCUAAUUUAUAUGAUCAUGAAAAAAAUAGAAAAAAAAGUGACCAAACAACACAAACCAAUACUGUGUUUUAGGGGUAUUCAGUUUUUGUCUGCUUUUUUGAAACAAAAAUCAACAUUGUGGACAAACAUGAGGGUGUUUUGGUAUGUAAAAAAAUUAAGGGACCAAAUUAUAUGGAAAUAAAUGUUUCCCUUUUUAAAAUGUAGUAGAAAGGAAUAAUCACCUAUGAGUAGUCUGUGAACUGGCAUUUGGUAAAAGCUGUAAUCAUAAUUCACUGAUCAAUUAAUUUGCAUCUUGAAUUAGACUCAUCAGUGGGCAUUGCUGCUUUCUGUAAUUUUACAUAGAUUUGGAGGAAGAACAGACUGCUAAUUCCCUGUUGGGGUAAAAGCAGAGCAAUAAAUUAGAGAUUUGGUCUUGUCUUCAGAGUGUCUUGGUUUUCUUGCUGUAGGUUGUUGUCAUUUGUGAGUAUUUGUAGUGUGCCGACAGAGAGGUUUGUAGUGAGAUGUUUGUAAGAUGCCAGUGUCAUCUCCAUGAUCAUCAGUAGUAAUGUGCCAUAUUUUGGAUAAUAUACUGGGUAAAAAUGACCCAGUAAUGACUGCUGUGUUUUGCAAUACUAGGUAAAUUUGCUGUAUCCAAAAAAAAUUCCAGCCUGUUGUCCAGACUUCUAAGGCCUACUUGUCAACCCAUGUCAAGUGGUAGUCACAUCACUUUUUAUGUCUGUAAAAUGCUUACGUUAAACUUGAUUCUUGUACUUGACAUGUAUACAGUAUUGCAAUAAACAGACCCAAGGGAGCUGUCCUCAUUAAAACAUCUACUUGAUGAAAACUCAACAGCAAGGGGACGUAGGUCAAGAAUAAGCUAUUUAAAUGGUUUUAUUGUAAUUCGGUGCAUCUUGCUACAUUUUACAAAGGGAAUUAACUUUCAAAUUCUAAAAUUGUAAUUGAAUAUGUUACAUACUGAUACACUGGCAUAUUUCAGUUUUUUUCAAAGAAUUUAAUGGAUACUAAAGGUACAAAAGGUUGUAUAGAAGUUAAAUCAAUAUUCUUGGUAUUCUUCUUGAGCUAAAGACAACCAGUUUGUAUUUUGUUUUGCUGUUUGUGUGCCUUUUCCUAUAUAUUUCACUCCCUCUGUUUAUAAUGGGUGAUAAUCUUUUUAAUUUGAUAUUCAUUGCUACAUCAAAGAAUUUAUACAUUAUCAUGCAACCUUGAGUGAAUGCUGCAUAGAACGAUCAGUAUUUGUAUUUUGCACUUUCUAAGCAGUUAAAAUUUUGCCCUAUUUAAAUUGGGCAGUCAGACUAAAAAAAAUUAAGACGAGGUAUAUUCCUGCUAUAGUAGGAAUUCUAAAAAAUAAAAUGUAUAAAAAAACAAACAAACACAUGACUUGGAGAUUUUUUUUAGAAAAGUGUAUAGAUAUACAGUACCUCAUAAGCCUGAUAUAUGCUGCAUCAUCUUCAUUGGUUUAUAUUUUGUGAACAACUUUUUUUUUUUUUUUUUUUUCCAAAACAAGGUGAAAGUUUUCCCUGUUUCCUUUUCCAGGGGGGUUUGAUGUGCAUGCAAGGCAGGACAUGUGCCUUUCAAAAAUAUAUAUAGCUAAUGUUUUGACUAACGCCUAGUUUUGAAUGCCGUUAUGUACAUUGGCUGAUUACUGGGGUGAAGGCAUGUGCUGGAGUGCACAUGAAACCUACCGUAUUUUGAGGAAGAUUCUGUUUGUUUUCCCCAUCUUUACUGAUAUUUUUCAUAGUAUUAUGGACACUUGUUUCUGCAAAGCCACUAAUGACAUCCAAUAUUUUGUAACUUGAUGUACUCUAAAUGACUAUUAACUCAGGUAUUGCCUUUUAAGGGCUGUAUCUGUUCCUGCUUCACUCCCAUGCUCUCCCUCACCUGUGUCUUAAAGUAGCUGUGGAACUGCUUUUCAAAACACUGUACAGUACAUCAGGCCUUAAAAUAUGCACUAUUAGCCAGAAGUAAUGCUUAUUAUAUGUCACUGCCAAUCAUGUUAUGUUCUGUUAUAAGUCUACCUCCUAUAAAUGUAGGAGUGUCCUGGAUCUAUAAAAGAAUUCAUUUAUUUUUUCUGUUUUGAAAUGGACAAUCAGCACUAUAACUGUUCUACCAAACACAACACAAACUAACAAAACAUUUCUCAGUCUUCCCCUAUCAUUUUCUGAUCCCUCCUCCUUUCGAGCCUUUAAUAGAUAGCACACACUCCGGGACACUCCAGACAAUGGUGUCUGCUUGCGUUUUUUCCCCUGUGUUUAUGGAAGGCAUGGAAGAUGAAAGUGACCAAAGUUUUCUGAGGCUUUGAUGCACUGCCUCGCAGCCUCAAACCUCCCCAUCACUUCAGCCAUUUUUUUUUGUUUCCUCCUUAUCCAUAUGCCAAAUUGAAUUUGUCAUUCCUGUUUUGAUGAGAUCCUUUAUUUCUCAUUCUUGUAGUUGGACUCACUGCUAAGCUCUGUGACAACAAUAUUUCUUGUCAAUGUAAAGUGUGAGCUUUGUGAUUUUACCCCCCUCCCAUUUCUGCUUUUUGUUAAUUUGCAAACUCAAGAUAUGCUGUAAACCCUGCUAGAGCAUAAUGUGAAUAUGUAUCAUUUAAUAUAGUUGACUCUUGCUUGACUGUAUAAUGCAUUGAUUAAUAAACUUAAGUUCUUUGACUUGUCAUUUAAAAA